AUAAAAUUCUGUAUGUUUCAACAUUGAACGCUCCCUUCUCUUCCCUUUAAAAUCUCAUUCUCUCUCUCUAGGAUGGCGGCUCCGCCGGUUGUGAGGUUUCCGAUCUUCAUGGCAGUGAGAGUAAUUGGUAUCGCCGUCACUGUUCUUCUUCUCACAUGGGCUCUCCAUUUCAGGGGUGGCCUCGCUCUCAUAUCUGAUAACAAAGAUCUCAUCUUCAAUGUCCAUCCAGUGUUGAUGGUGAUGGGGCUUGUUCUAAUCAAUGGUGAAGGGAUGCUUGCUUAUAAGACAAUAUCUGGAACUAAAAACUUCAAAAAAACAGUUCAUCUCUCAUUACAGUUUCUGUCUCUCAUUUUAAGCUUAAUUGGUCUCUGGGCUGCUUGGAAGUUUCACAUUGACAAGGGCAUUGACAAUUUCUACAGCCUGCAUUCAUGGUUGGGCCUUACUUGCCUUUUCCUAUUCUCCAUCCAGUGGGGUGCUGGUUUUGCAACAUAUUGGUAUCCAGGAGGCUCAAGAAACAGUAGAGCUUCCCUAUUGCCAUGGCAUGUGUUCUUUGGAAUCUUUAUCUAUGCAUUGGCUAUAGCCACAACUACUACUGGUAUUUUAGAAAAGGCUACAUUCCUUCAGACCAACAAUAUCAUAUCACGUUAUUCCAGUGAAGCACUGCUGGUCAAUUCCUUGGGCAUUUUGAUUGUCAUUUUAAGUGGCUUUGUUGUUCUUGGAAUCGUUACGCCAGCUUAUGUUAAAGCUGAUUCCGUAAGAGGAAACGAGUAACUUUAUAUGUUCUAUAUAAUUCAAAUUCUAGGAGCAUGAACAUUUGUGUCCUAUCUGACACAGGUUACAUGGAUGUAACAAACUCAUUGAACGUAUGUACAGACAGAUUUAGUUUUCAGUUCGAUUUACUAUGUUCAUUUCCCUUAUACCAAUUAAUAUUUGUAUGUGUCGUGCAUGUUGUUUGAGGGAUGAGACGAGUCUAUAAUA